CACAAAUUAUUCAUUUCUGAAUUGUGUUCCCCCUGUGGUAGGAAGAUCCCAACCUUUAACACUAGUCUCAUUACCAACACCCAAACUGUGACCUUUUCUGCCAUAAACCACUCUGUUUUUUUAAGUUCACACUUUAAAAAACUGGUUAUGUGUUAUUACAUCAUGCCUUUGACAUGGCAUAGGCUUAAUAAGUGAACGUUUGCUUUUGGUAAUUAUGCAAAGAGACAGUUUUGUCCAACCCCUGGAAUUAUGCGUUUGUGUUUACCCCACCAACACACCAUCAACAUUUCCGUCCAAACCUCACGCAUUAGUGUAAUAUGUCUCAUAACUUCCUCUUCCUACCGCAUGAUGGCUUUGACAUUGAAAAAGCAGGGUUUAAGAAGCAGGGCUCUCACAUCCUUUUUAUCAGCACUGAAAUUAACAUGGAAGCAGAGACUGUACAUCAUCUGAGCACUGAAAAAACAGAAGAGGGUCGAUCAGAGGCCACCAAAUGCAAUAAGAAGAUGUUGAAAUUCAGCCUGUCGAUUGAUGAUAGUGAGUUAGUUGCACUUCAGAAACUCUCGCAUCCACAACCAGAGCAGAAUGAGAAGGACACUGAGGACGACUGUUUCAUUGAUGACUAUGUGCUUCAUUGGCCGGCAAACAUGAGCUUGAAUGUGAUAGUUGAUGAAGACUCUGAUGCCGACAACCCUCUCUGCAACUGGGAUUGGCAGCCUAAUGAAAGCCAGGUCAUGCCCAAGACAACUGAUAUUGCCUAUAUUUCUUCACAAAUUUUCAGAGCAAUUGAAGUACAAAAAGAUUUGUUCUUGAAGUCAUUCAAAGGACACAACUAUGUUGCAUCAAAACACAACAAGAUAUGUUUGGAAAAAACCAUGUCAGCAAAAAUUACCAUCAGUCACAUUGAAAACAGCGACAUAAAACCGGAUUAUGCUGUUGCGCUGAACUUCACAGGCACAGACAACUUCCUCUGCUGCACCAGCCAAGGAGAGGAAAAGAUAUUAACAGUUAAAACUAAUGACACAAAUAAUUUAAAAAGUUCUGCAAAAGACCCAGAAAAAGCAUCCUUUAUUUUCUACAUGUCUGAAAAUCCUAACGGUCAACGGAAUUUUGAGUCAAUGCUCCACAGGGGAUGGUUCAUUCACACUAUAAAUGAUGAUGUAGUGAAAAUGAAAAGAGGCCAAACAUCCACCAGUUGCUUUGUCUUAGAGUGAAAGUAAGUCCACAGAACCCACUGUUUAUUAAAAUCUCUUAUU